AUGACCAGGAGCUUGAGAAGACACAACUACAGGACAAAUCUGGUCUCCGAUCAACCAAAACUGCCAUCGAGGCUCACAUACGAUGGACGAGUGCGCAUUUUAGACAAACUCUGGCUUGAUAUCGACCUCGCUGACAAUCAGAAUAGUUUCAGUCCAAGUAUUCGAACCUCCGCCUUGGAGAAGCUCGCAAAUCUCGCCGUCAGCGCUCCGGAAGACUGUGGCGAGACUGAGAUUGACCAACUUACGCGGCAAUGCCAGCAUUUGAAAAAACGUUCGAACGGCUCAUUAAAUGGCGUCUUGCACAAUCAGUCUCCGGUGUCCCGGGUGCCUAUGGAUACUCGCGAGUUAUGCGUCUUGGUCUCUCUCUGCAAGGCCGCCCCCUCCGUCGCUAAAGAGGAACAUGCAUCGCGAUUGAUCUCACAACUGUCCCAGUACCUUCCAGAGUCCCAUGGCCAGCUUUUCCGACCUUCGCCAUUUUUACACGACAUCAGACCGUCCCCGUGGGAAACUCUUUCCUACCAUCUUACCUUCGCUCUGCUCCACUUGGGAUCAAGUUAUUCGCCUUUGCGCCAGAUCGUCCUUACUUCUGUGGACGAGUAUUUAUAUAAUUGUGCUGAGGCAAUUAACAUUUUGGUAUCAGCUCACUCCCCAGAAGACACGCGUGCUUCUCCUCACGAAUCUGUCAAUAUACUGGCGAUUUGCAUCUCAAUUGUUGGUUUUCUGAAGGCCGCAGCCACAUUCAGUUCGUUCUGGACAGCCACUGAAAAGUUGCGGAUGGUCGACCACUUGCGGUCGAUGUUCUCCGAGAAGUUUAUGAUAGCCAUUGAGACUGCCUCGUCUACGGUGCGCAGUGCAGGCACCGUGGAUGGGACAUUCCGUGAUUGGAGGAGAUAUGCUCGCCGUUACACCACGAACGGUCGGCCUCUGGGCGCUAUGCUUCUGCAAAAAGGCUACAUGCGCUUCAUCAAAUCCUGUGUCACUUCGCUCGUUGGAGCGAAGGACAUGUCGGAUGACGAGCUUCUGGAUGACUACGUGGUCGGUGUCGGUAUUGCUAGGAGCCAUGAUGAGGCUGAAAUAUCCCUUGUUGAUCGGUUAACCAGCAUUAUUGCUGACGAAAUUCAACUUUUGGAGGACGGCUCUGACUAUUUGCAAGUUGGCUCACCUGGGCAACAGCGACUUGCUUUUUCUGUCAAGGCCCUGGCGUUGAUGGGGUAUCUCAACUGUAUCAUCAUAAGCGAAGAUACAGCAAAUAUUGAGGAUUUUCUGUCAUGGCUGGAAGAUACCCUUAUAGAUCCAAACCAAAUGUCGUGUCCUGAACUUGCGACCACAACUCUAAAGUGCCUUACGAUCAUUUCCCGGAUGUCUGUCAACAGCGCUUCCUCUGGGAGUCGUUCACUCCUGCGUUUUAUUGUCGAGGGUGGUAUACAUGCAGGAAAUAUAGGCCCUGUGGCUGCCCGGUGUCUUUCUCAGGUCCUCGGUGUUCUCUCUCAAGAUUCUGUCAUAACAACUCUUUACUCCUUAGGGAAUGUGCUAAGUCCUGGGUCUGGCACUGACAAGCCGUACCCAGGGCAGGCGAACGGGGUGCCCUCAAUUACCCAAUUCGAACAGACCAAGAAUGGGAGUAUAGCUUCUCUUUCUGUGAUUGAGACGGAAGACAAUACGCCAUACCGGAGCAUUGUCCAUGCAAUAGUGACAAUCGCAACCAGCUCCCAUGACGAACAGAUCAGCGCGCUGGCGCAGUCGAUGCUUCUACAAAAGAUCAGCAAACUCAACACUGCAGUUGAUGCCUGUAUAAUCAAGGAGUCAGCGGCGCUCUCUAUUACGAUUGGCGCAGCUGAGUUUCAACUUCUGUUGAAGUUCUAUGACCGUGUUUUCCGCGAUGGCAUCGCGAAAGGUUACGGCAAUGUGGUGAACGCAGUCUUGAGUGCAAUGACUUAUCUUUCCGUCUCGCUGAAAAGGAACUCCCCUCUUUACAGGUUGUACCUCGUCCAUUUGUUGGAAAGUCUCGUGAACAAGGGAGAUGCAACGGACCUUGAACAUGAACGACAUAAAGAUAUCACCCUUGCACCGGAGGACAUCAGCCCGCUCCUAAAGCCUCUGGCAUUACUGGUAUCUUCUUCGAAAGAGUCUGGAGACUUCCCGGAACAAUAUGACCAGGACGUUUCGACUCUGUUCCGGGACGCGUGGUUCAAUAUCGCUGUCCAUGGAAUAUCACUCAGUUCAGCUGUCGGAAAAAGUCAUCAUGAAGAGCUACGCUUGCUAGCAAAACAUUCCCCCACGCUUGUGUCUGAGGAUCAAAUGGACAUGAUUGAGAGCGAUGUCGAGCUGAACACGGUCCUUAGGCGUGGAUUGGGCCCACAACGGCAUAUUGAGCAAAAGAAACAGUUGGUCAAUGAGAUCCCUCACCGAGAGCUCGACAUAAAGCGUUUGAGCUACCCAAAGGCGGUGUUCUUGAAUGCUGCCUUGCUGCUUGAAAAUCUUCGUGCAUACUCGGGGACCUGCACCAAGCCGAUGAGUUACUUCCGGGACCCAGCCCUGGCUACAAGCGAGAUGGCGAGCUGCAUGACCGCCGUCGCGGAUAAGGUUGUCGGAUGUUACCUUACACUGACUCUUUCCGGAAGAAAGGAGGGUUUUUCUGUCCCUUAUCUAUCAAAGGAACUGGCGGGCUUCUUCAUAGCCUGCUGUCACCGCAUAGAAAGAAUUCAGAAGGUGGCUAUUCUCUGUGCAAACAGAAUUAUAAAGGAAUGUCCAUCAGCCCUGUGCGAUAAACACUCUUUAUUUGCAUUACUUGAGCUUCUGACAGUUAUAUGGAGAUCUUGCCAUGAAGAGGAACUGGAUGAGUUUGAAUGGAAACCUUCAUUCACUUCCCUGAUAGGUCAUGUUAAGGUCGAUCUUCCAGAUAAUUACGGUUACAGAAGAAGGACACUUGAAGUGUUGCUUGAACGGGCAAGGGAAUGGAUAACAACUGUCAUGGACAUUGCGCCUCUUGAUGUCAAAGGCCUCCUUCAGACUUAUCUAUCUGCGUCUGAUGAUAAUGAUGGAUAUGGUGAUGUUUCAAUGGGCCGCUCAUUUGCGCUUGAAAUGGGCUCAUUGAUACCACAAACCGACCACCGGCUCGGAUCUAUUGAAAGUCCGGGGGUGACUAGAGUUAACAUUGCGUCCAAUUUCAUUGCCCAGCAUACGGCUCGUCAGAAGUAUCGGCGUACUGAUGGUACUAUGCCACCUUCGGAUGGUUCGUCACUACCCCCGUUAGAGCCGAGUAGGAGCAUUGAGAAAUCACUGUUUGGUAUUCACACAGCAGUCCGCUCGGGACGUCAGGUCACUCUCUCAGGGAUACGAGAUACCUUGCAGCGUGCUGCUGCUCUACUAUGUGGUAGCAAUGCUGCCAACGUUGCAAUUGCUCAUUUUCUGGUUUCGUUGCCGUUCCAGAUAUUUUCCAAGGAGUCCAUUGAGAUUGGUGUGUCCCUCUGGCUGGGUGUGAUGCACGAGAAUCCCAGGUUGGAGCCAACAAUACUGUUUGAGGUGGUCCAUCAAUGGGAGAACACGAUCUUACGUAGACAGAGACUCUUCGAUCCCUCUUUCAACCAUAUAGACCCCAUGUAUGCCAAAAUUGAGCUUCUUCCGACAAACAAAGAUUCGAUGCUUCAACAACAGAAGCUGGCACAAAACAUUCUUGCACCGCAUUUACAAAUCAUCCAGCUCUUUGAGAGCCAUUUCAACGCCGUACGACUGGGAAAUGCUCAGACCCAACGUCUGUUCUGCCGUUUCAUUGACCGGACGACAGUUGGUCUGCUGCAUGCUAGCAAUCAUCCUCUAGCCCGAGAACUGCAUUUCCGCAUAGUUUACUUCUGUCUGAAAGUUCUCAGACAUUGCACCUCCCUUGACAAUGUCACCCUCUGGCGACUCAAGAACCAGACAAUGUCCGCUGCUCUCAGCUGGUUCACUCACCCGCCUCGAUGGUCCUUUGGAGGGAACAGACUGCAGCUGAAGGCUGAAGAUAAGAUUCUGAGCGAUGUUAUCACUGCAUUGACCAAGAUGUCCGAUGUUGGCUGCAACACUCGAUGGCCGUAUACCUCGCUUCAGGCGAAACAGGACCUUCUCCAGGUGCUUUUAGAGAACGAAAGAACAAGGCUCAAGGUCUGGUUGUUUCCGCUAGAACCUGAUCGGAAACAUAAUGCAUCCCAAUCUUCCCUCAGCAAGCAUCUCACGGAGGAGAAUAUGCUGCGAAUUGCCUGGGGUGAAAGUCCGGGUUUGGCUAUUCAGCUUGCGACGCGUUCCUCAUCCGGAAAACUUAACAGUGACCUUCGGAAGCUACUUCUUAGCUUUCCUGAGAAAGCUAUUGAUGAGCCAAGCAGCCUUGAGAUCUUGUUCGGAUCAGCCCUGCCGGCUGAUGUUUCGUCGCAACUCAAGUACCUGCUAUAUUGGGCACCAGUCAACCCCAUUGAAGGCUUAACUUAUUUUUUGCCUGCCUAUGGCAACCAUCCGUACAUCCUGCAAUAUGCGAUGAAGGCCUUGGAGAGCCAUUCCCUCGAUGUUCGAUUCUACUUCGUUCCGCAAUUGGUUCAGGCUCUUCGCUAUGAUGCCCUAGGUUACGUUGAGCGGUAUAUCCUCGAAACCGCUAAGCAGUCUCAAUUGUUUGCACAUCAAGUGAUUUGGAACAUGAAGGCCAACUCGUAUAAAGACGAGGAUUCUCAAAUACCGGACCCUCUUAAGCCCACCUUGGAUCGAUUCAUGGAUACCCUGAUCACAAGUUUCACCGCUGAAGAGCGCGAUUUCUAUGAAAGAGAAUUCUCCUUCUUCAAUGAAAUCACUGGCAUAUCCGGCAAACUUCGCCCAUACAUCAAGAAGAGCAAGCCGGAAAAGAAGGAAAAGAUUGAGGAAGAGCUCCGUAAAAUUAAGGUCGAGGUUGGAGUUUAUCUUCCGAGCAAUCCCGACGGCGUCGUCGUUGGGAUCGACCGCAAGUCAGGAAAGCCUUUGCAGAGUCACGCAAAGGCACCUUAUCUGGCGACUUUCAGAAUUCAGAAAACACGAACCCGGUGGGAUGAAGAUGACACCAACGGCCUAGGGUCGGCUUCUUCCAACGCAAACGAGCUCAUCAAGUCUUCACAGUAUCGUCACUCAAACUCGCACCAGAAAACUUACGAGGUCUGGCAGUCGGCUAUCUUUAAAGUUGGCGACGACUGCCGUCAGGAUAUGCUAGCUCUACAGAUGAUUGCUGCCUUUCGAAGCAUUUUUGCUAAUAUUGGCCUCGAUGUGUGGGUGUUCCCAUACCGGGUAACUUCUACAGCACCAGGGUGUGGAGUCAUCGAUGUCCUGCCAAAUUCAAUAUCCCGGGAUAUGCUAGGCCGUGAAGCAGUUAAUGGGCUAUAUGACUAUUUUGUCUCCAAGUAUGGAGGCGAAGAUUCGAUACAGUUCCAGGAGGCGCGAACGAAUUUUGUCAAAAGCAUGGCCGCCUACUCGGUCAUCUCCUAUCUUAUGCAGUUCAAGGACCGGCACAAUGGCAAUAUCAUGUUCGACGAUGCCGGCCAUAUUAUCCAUAUUGACUUCGGGUUUUGCUUUGAUAUCGCGCCCGGCGGUGUACGCUUUGAACGCGCACCAUUUAAACUCACAUCAGAAAUGGUAGCCGUGAUGAGUGGCACUCCCCACUCGCACGCUGGCAGCCACGGUGGCUCCAGCAGUGGACGCCUACCAGGAGGUUCUCAUAACCCCACGCAGACGCAACCAUAUCGAUGGUUUGAGUCUUUAGUUGUGAAGGCUUUCUUGGCAUCACGGCCAUAUAGCGCCAAGCUGUCGCACAUUGUGUCAUUGAUGCUAGACAGCGGUCUGCCAUGCUUCAAGCCCGAGACGCUUAAACACUUCCGUGACCGAUUUGUCCUCGAAAAAAGUGAGCGAGAGGCGGCAGAGUUUAUGCGAGAGCUGGUGCGCAAGUCUUAUUUGAGCAUGUCUACGAAAGGGUAUGAUCAGUUUCAGCUACUUACAAACGGCAUACCUUAUUAG